ACCAGCGGUCCGCUCGGUCAGCCCGGAUAAAGACCGGACCGGACCGAAAAAAUUUCGGUCUCCUUUUCUGGGCUCGGACCGGCUAGUUUUUCUGUCGGGCCUGGACCGUACGGGCCGGUCCUAAACGGGCCACGAGCGGGCCGGAAAGCCCGCUCGUGCCGUCCAGGCUGAGUUGCAACAGUAAGAUGACCACGCAGCUGGUGGAGGUUGUGGAUCCGGCCGCUGGCGCGGUGCCCUCUGCUGCUGCUGGAGCUGGGUUCGUGCAGAGGAUCGUGACGUACACUGUGAUGGACGACCUGAAGGUGUCGCCUAUGUCUUCCAUCUCUGGGAUCACCCUCCUCAACAAGUGUGGGGUCACGGACAUCGGCUCUCUCCAGGAGAAGACCGUGCAGCUUGGCUACGAUGAGGGGCUGGAGAUACUGAAGGCCUCGCUGCAGUCAAAGACGGUUCUCACUGACGUCUUCCUUCCGAAGAAGCAGCGCAAGGGGUGA